UAUGAGUGAAUGCAUACAAAAAGCUAAGUUUGCUGCUCAGCUACUGGUCUUGGGGCAGUAUCUUUGACAUGUGAGCCUGGGCCAUGUGACCAAUGAUGUCACAAUGCCCUACUGGACUCCAGCUUCUCCACUAGGGAGUUCCGGAUCCUUUGGAGCCAAGGACUGGAACUGACAUGCAAGACCUCUACCAACUGAGGGUUUCGUGAGCACACUCCUCUGCCAAGAUCUUGGUGAAGAGUCUUUGACUGCAGUUGUGUCUUAGACAUUGUUUUAUUUGUUAUCAUGAUCGUGCUUGGCUGGAUGCUUUUUGUUGGACUUGCAUGUUACAUGGGCACGUUUCCGGAGUUCAUGCCUCCAACUCUGAAGUGGAAGGAGAAGUGGCCUGUUCAGGAGAACAAGACACGACUGAGGAGCUGGGCUUUGGAUGAAGACCCGCAACUCUGAGAACCAUGUGGAAGGGAUAUAAGUAUCCCCCAGGAGGGACCCCGGUGGAAGUAAGCAAAGAUGAUCCUGGUGAAGUAAUGCAGCUCUGAAGCUCACCUGACCAGCUGUACAGUUCCUGUUGUUGGUUUAGCAUAAAGUAAUUGCACAUUAUUUUGUCACAUUUUAUGUAAAAAACUUCCGUACUUUUUAAGAUAAGACUUGGUAUUCCGUUAGCUGCAAACAGGGAGAUGGAGGGUGGGGAGGUAGUUGGGGUAGAUGGAUGUGAUUGGGUCCCCUCUGUUUCAGUCUCUCAGACUGGCAAUAAGACUAAGAUAACUAGUUCCAUUUGCCCCGUAUUCUGUAGACCUCGUUCCCAAGUAUAGCCUUUCUCCUCUGUCCAGGCUCCAGGGUCAAAAAAAUGUUACAGAAAAGGCGAGAAUUGUAGUAACUUCACAGCUAUUACCAAGAACUGAAGGCUAAUACUGUGUGCGGAAAGGACUUCAUUUUCAUACUGGGUGCUAAAUCAUACAUUAUUUUAAUCUGUAUAGCUUUCUGGGUUAGGCACUGGCCUUUUAACAAAAUGGCAAAAAUGAAGUUGAGAGGCCCCAAGUAUCUUACCAGCCCCACAGCUCUGGGUUGCAGUCAAGAUUAAGAUCAGACCUUCAAAAAAUAAAAAAUAAAAGAUCCAGACCUUCUAGACCCCAAACCCCUUGGCAUGUUUUUAUGUGCCAAGGAAAAGAGCCAAACAAGAGCCUGGAGCAUCCAAGAUCUUGGCUGUCUCUUGGCUUAAAUGCCUCCCUCACCUGAAUAGCAAGGAAGGUGUCUGAUGAUUUAGCGGUGACUGUUGGUAAUACAGGGCAGCACACACAGAAACAAAAGCCAGUCCUCGGUAUGAUGCAGUUUGAGUUUGAGACCAAGGAUGGAAACCCAAGUAGAAGACCCAUGCAGUGAUUCUGGGCAUUUGAGCCCUAGCAUAUUCCUCAUAAGCCCUCUAGAUGUGGUUUGGAAUUUUCUGACCCUGAGAGGGGAGUGGAGGGGGGGGGUGGUGAGAACUUAACAAGAGCAACUGCUUUUGAAACAGACUGUGUGGAACUUCUCCCAUUCUGUGGCUGCCUGGGGAUGAUGGAUGGUCCCAUUGUUCAGAAGUGCAUCCGUACCACCAAAGUAGAUCUUUUGGUUAUGUGGGUAACAUUGUGUUGAUGGACUAUGGUACAUUUGCUAAACUAUUUUUUAAGUGGCCCUGUACACUGAAUAGGUUGCCCUUUUUUAUUCCUUAUGAAAAGUGAACUCAAACUGCAUAAGCAACACAGUAAUCCUGAAUCUAGGAUAGUAGCAUCUCUUAUAAUACUUAUGUGACCUAGACUCAACUCAUCCCAUCAGGUUAAGUGCCUACAUUUUCUGGCUGCCUGGCUGUGCCUACUUGCCUCCUACAUAUAUUCCAAAGGACUCAUCUUUCUCAGUUAUUUCAGGCUCUUUUUAUUAUAGGGGGACAGAACCUGCUCAUUUUCUUGACAAGAGGAACUGUAUACCCAGUACUUCCUCCUCCGGUUCGGAGUAUACCUCCAAGCAGUUGUCCUAACCUGGGUGUCUGGUAGCAGACCAGCUCUCGUAAGCUGGUGGGGGGCAUGGAGGGGGGGCAGUUGUGGGGGCCGAGCAGACGUGAACGUGUC